AUGGAACCACCUAGUUGGCCAUUGUAUAUAUUCUAUGGAAUUGAGAUUCCGAGUCUUCCCCUGUAUCUUAUGGUUCUGAUAUGUUUGUUGCAAUUGAGAUGCUACUCGAAAACCUAUAAAUCAACGUUUUACAUUAUUCUUUUGCAACAUUGUAUUGCUGACAUCAUCAUAAUGAUAUUCUACACUGCCACGUGGGGUCUUCGUACAAAACCUGCAAUCCGUGACUUCCUUUUUGAAUACCAAGAAUACUACAUCGCCGCUGCCUUGUACAACUCUAUCUAUUACACUUUAUACAUCCGUUGCACUGGAAUAGUAUUUCUAUCCGCCCAUCGGUAUCUGGUGAUUUCGGCUCCAACUUCUCGUAUCACUUCUAUAAUUCAAGAUGCUGCUACGUGGAAAAUUGUAUUAGUCUACUGGGCGGCACCUACAAUUAUUAGUUUGGUUGUUCUGAAGGAGACAAAGAUAAAGUACGAUAAUGUGACGACUCUAGAAUAUGUGGCGGACAAGGAGAUAUUGUCGGUAAUAACACGAUUAAUGAAAAUAAAUGUGCACCUGUUUUUUUUUCCAAAGAAACACUCUGAUGGCCCUUAUCACCUUAUCUUCUACUUUAUCAGCAGAUCCCUCCAACGAGAAUUCUUCUUGGCAUUUCAAGUCCUGGCUCUGCUCUGCGCGUUUUUCAUUAUGUUCACCUAUGCUCUUGUUAACUACUUCUCACGAACUCAAAAUACCGGCCUUUUUUUUUACAUGCGUUCAGUGUAUCCAAUUGCGAAUGGUAUCCUCUCUUAUAUCAAUCCGUACUGCGUACUUUUGCUCAACAGAGAUUUCUCAAAACAGUUCAGAGGGAUGUUGAAGUGUAGGCAGGCUGAAAAGACAAGCAGAAGAGUUUCCACAUUGCAAUCCGGUAUAUCGAAUCCAGCAAUUCGAACCAGCUCAUCACAAGUUUUUGCUUAA